AUGGCAUUAUUUCGUUAUUCUUUACCAUUAUCAAAAAUUAGUCUAGCUUCACCGUUUUCUACAUCGUUAGUUCUACAAAAUUCAAAACGAGGAGCAGUCACAGCUCCGUCAACAACUACCGUCGAACCGACAACCGAACCUCAAAUACAAGCUGAACAGGAACAAAAUGUCAUUACCAAUUCAUCUCCCUAUACACUUGUGCCAGGUAAAAAUUAUGGUACAAAUAAACUUGAAGUAGCAUUAGCCCGUCUUGAUGACGUAGCAAAUUUAAUUCGUCGUGGUAGUAUUUGGCCAUUAACAUUUGGUUUAGCUUGUUGUGCGGUCGAAAUGAUGCAUAUGGCUGCACCUCGUUAUGAUAUGGAUCGUUUUGGAGUGGUUUUUCGUGCAUCUCCAAGACAAUGUGAUUUAAUGAUUGUUGCUGGAACAUUAACAAAUAAAAUGGCACCAGCUCUCAGACGUCUAUACGAUCAAAUGUUUCAUCCAAAAUGGGUUAUAUCUAUGGGCAGUUGUGCAAACGGCGGCGGCUAUUAUCAUUAUUCAUAUGCUGUUGUUAGAGGAUGCGAUCGUAUUAUACCAGUAGAUAUUUAUGUACCAGGUUGUCCGCCUAGCGCCGAAGCCUUAUUAUACGGUGUGUUACAGUUACAGCGAAAAAUUAAACGAGGACAUACGAUGCAGAGUUGGUACCGAAAAUAA